AUGGUUGAAUUCAUCGUGGCUGACCGCAGGUGGACGGCACGAGAGUAUUUUUUUCAAGUCUUCUUUUUUUCAAGUCUUCUUUAUUCAAGUCUUCUUUUUUCAAAUCUUCUCUUUUUCAAGUCUUCUUUUCUUCAAGUAUUUUUUUCCAAGUCUUCUUUUUCCAAGUCUUCUUUUUUCAAGUCUUCUUUUUUUCAAGUCUUCUAUUUUUUAAGUCUUCUUUUCUUCAAGUCUUCAUUUUUCAAGUCUUCUUUUUUCAAGCCUUCUUUUUCAAGUCUUCUUUUUUUUCAAGUCUUCUAUUUUUUAAGUCUUCUUUUCUUCAAGUCUUCUUUUUUCAAGUCUUCUUUUUUCAAGCCUUCUUUUUUUUUUCAAGUCUUUUUUUUUUUUUCAAGUCUUCUAUUUUUUUUAAGUCUUUUCUUUUCUUCAAGUCUUCUUUUUCAGUCUUUUUUCAAAGUCUUCUUUUUUUCAAAUCUUUUUAAGUUUUUCUUCAAGUCUUCUUUUUUUCAAGUCUUCUUUUUCCAAGUCUUCUUUUUUCAAGUCUUCUUUUUUUCAAGUCUUCUAUUUUUUAAGUCUUCUUUUCUUCAAGUCUUCUUUUUUCAAGUCUUCUUUUUUCAAGUCUUCUUUUUUCAAGUCUUCUUUUUUCAAGCCUUCUUUUUUCAAGUCUUCUUUUUUUUCAGUCUUCUUUUUUUAAGUCUUCUUUUCAAGUCUUCUUUUCUUCAAGCCUUUUUUUUCAAGUCUUCUUUUUCCAAGUCUUCUUUUUUUAAGUCUUCUUUUUCAAGUCUUCUUUUUUCAAGUCUUCUUUUUUUCAAAUCUUUCUUUUCAAGUCUUCUUUUCUUCAAGUCUUCUUUUUUCAAGUCUUCUUUUUUCAAAUCUUCUUUCCAAGUUUUUUUCAAAGUCUUCUUUUUUUCCUUUCUUUUUUCAAGUCUUCUUUUUUCAAGUCUUCUUUUUUCAAGUCUUCUUUUUUUAAUCUUCUUUUUAAGUCUUCUUUUUUUUUCAAGUCUUCUUUUUUUCAAGUCUUCUUUUUUUCAAGUCUUCUUUUUUAAGUCUUUUCAAGUCUUCUUUUUUUCAAGUCUUCUUUUUCAAGUCUUCUUUUUUUCAAGUCUUCUUUUUCAAGUCUUCUUUUUCAAGUCUUCUUUUUUCAAGUCUUCUUUUUUCAAGUCUUCUUUUUUCAAGUCUUCUAUUUUUUUUUCUUCAAGUCUUUUUUCCAAGUCUUCUUUUUCCAAGUCUUCUUUUUCAAGUCUUCUUUUUUCAAGUCUUCUUUUUUUCAAGUCUUCUUUUUCAAGUCUUCUUUUUUUUCUUUUUUUUCUUCUUUUUUCAAGCCUUCUUUUUUCAAUCUUCUUUUUUCAAGUCUUCUUUUUUCAAGCCUUCUUUUUUCAAGUCUUCUUUUUUCAAGUCUUCUUUUUUCAAGUCUUCUAUUUUUUUAGUCUUCUUUCUUCAAGUCUUCUUUUUAAGUCUUCUUUUUCAAGCUUUUUCUUUUUUUUUUUCAAGUCUUUUUUUUCAAGUCUUCUUUUUUAUUUUUUUUUCAAGUCUUCUUUUUUUAAGUCUUCUUUUUUCAAGUCUUCUUUUUUCAAGCCUUCUUUUUUCAAGUCUUCUUUUUUCAAGUCUUCUUUUUUCAAGUCUUCUUUUUUCAAGUCUUCUUUUUUUCAAGUCUUCUAUUUUUUAAGUCUUCUUUUCUUCAAGUCUUCUUUUUUCAAAUCUUCUCUUUUUCAAGUCUUCUUUUCUUCAAGUCUUUUUUUCCAAGUCUUCUUUUUUCAAAUCUUCUUUUUUCAAAUCUUCUUUUUCCAAGUCUUCUUUUUUCAAGUCUUCUUUUUUUCAAGUCUUCUAUUUUUUAAGUCUUCUUUUCUUCAAGUCUUCUUUUUUCAAGUCUUCUUUUUCCAAGUCUUCUUUUUUCAAGUCUUCUUUUUUUCAAGUCUUCUAUUUUUUAAGUCUUCUUUUCUUCAAGUCUUCUUUUUUCAAAUCUUCUCUUUUUCAAGUCUUCUUUUCUUCAAGUCUUUUUUUCCAAGUCUUCUUUUUUCAAAUCUUCUUUUUUCAAGCCUUCUUUUUUCAAGUCUUCUUUUUUCAAGUCUAUAA